AUGGACAAAUUCCGGAUGAUCUUCCAGUUCCUCCAGUCCAACCAGGAGUCGUUCAUGAACGGCGUCUGCGGGAUCAUGGCCCUGGCCAGCGCGCAGAUGUACUCGGCCUUCGACUUCAACUGCCCCUGCCUGCCGCGCUACAACCUGGCCUACGGGCUGGGCGUCCUGCUGGUGCCGCCCCUCAUCCUCUUCCUGCUGGGCUUCGUCAUGAACAACAACGUGUCCGUGCUGGCGGAGGAGUGGUCGCGCCCGCGGGGCCGCAGGGGCAAGGACCCGGCCAUGCUGCGCUACAUGUUCUGCUCCAUGGCGCAGCGGGCGCUGGUGGCCCCGGCGGUCUGGGUCUCGGUGACGCUGCUGGACGGCAAGUGCGUGCUCUGCGCCUUCUGCACCGCGCUGCCCCUGGAGGCGCUGGGCAACGCCUCUGACGGCACCGCGGAGGCGGCCGAGAAGCUCUUGGGCAUCACCGACCGCAGCGCUGUGGACACCGCGCUGCAGAGCUGGCACGAGCACAAGCCGCCGCUGCGCCUGUGCGCGCACACCAAGACCGGCACCGACGGCCCAGCUGGGACCGGGGCAGGAGCUGGGACAUCCCGGAGGGAAACGGUCGCCUACUGCAGCCACGUGUGA